AUGCUGCUCCUCUACGGCGGCUACAACGAGCUCGCCGACAUCCUCGUCAACCUCACCUCCCUCGCCACCGAGAUGGGCUGCCUCGUCUUCGAGGGCUACGUCCUCACCGUGCUCGCCCCCAACGGCGAGGCCAUGACGCGCCUCACCACGGACCAGCUCAGCGAGCCGGGGUCGCCGGAGAACAUCCUCUACUACCACAUGAUCCCGGAGUACCAGACCGAGGAGUCCAUGUACAACGCCGUGCGCCGCUUCGGCAAGGUGCGCUACGACACGCUGCGGCUGCCGCACAAGGUGGUGGCGCGGGAGGCCGACGGCUCCGUCAAGUUCGGCCAGGGCGAGGGCUCCGCCUACCUCUUCGACCCGGACAUCUACACCGACGGUAGGAUCUCCGUGCAGGGCAUUGACGCCGUGCUGUUCGCGCCGGAUGACACCAAGGCCACACAGACCGCCGACCCGAACAGGAAGCCUCCUGCCAUCGUCACCAACAAGAAGAAGAUCAAGCUCCGGCGAGGUCAGUACCUACCUUCAGAUCUGGACCUGGUCCUUUCCGUCCUGCUCGUAUCAUUACAGAUUGCUCAAAAGUAG